CUUUAGAGGGUUAAAAUUUCUCUCUUCGAUAUCUAAUAAAGAAAAAAGUUUCUUAACUUGUAUCGCGUCGCGAACAUUAUCAGUUUGAACAAAAAACAAAAGUCGUAAAAGAAAUUUUUAAGUGACGUCAAAGAAAUAAAAAGGGGAGAAUUAAGUUGCUGAGGAAGAAGGAAAGUGUCAUAAAAGACUUGACAAAAGUCCACUGCAAAACGUGAAUGUGUAACAUGAAAAAAUAAUUGAAAAAUCUAUAAAAGUGAAGUAUUUUUUAAAGCGAGAAUCUCACACAAGUCGCUUUGUGAAAAUACAUAAAAGAUACUUUAGUGGAAAAUAUUCUUGAAUCGGAAACUGACGAGUGGAUUAGAGAAAAAUUUAUCUGCGAAGAAAAAGGAAACAAUUCCAACUUUUUGAUUUUCCAUUAAGUAACGAAGAAGACAGAAAUAGCAAGAACGUAAUACAUUGAGACAUAAAGCAGAAAUUGUUGAGAUAACAUCAAUCAAUUACACAGGAAUAUCUUUCAAGUGUGUGCGUGUGUGUGCUAAAUUCUUUUUCUGUGUCUCUUGAACUGGGAGUCGUUUAUAGAAGAAGAAAGAAAUCAUCGCAAAACAUUUGCACAAUUUUGAUUAGAGAGAAAGAAAAGAUUGAGUGUUGUUAAUAAAACAAGAAGUUGAGCAAAUAUUGCUGUGAAUAAUCGAAAGGAAGAAAGUUCAAACAAUAAUUAAUAAAAUAAGAAUUAAUUCGCACAAACAAUCUGUGGGAGGAUAAAAUAACUAAUCAAAUUGUUGAUAAUCUCAAAAAGAAAGUCAGCAACUCAUCAGUUGAAAAUGUUUCGUGCAUACGGUUCAUUUCCAAACAGUGGUGGCGGCACUGAAACGUCUUCUUUACGAAAUCCUUUGGAGAACAUUCAAACAUGGGGCUCGUCACCGAUUGCACCACCACCAACUCCAACACCUUCACCAUCGACAACAUCUUCUUCAUCACCCGAUUUUCAUACUUCUCAAACACAACCACCAAAUAUUAAUAAUCAACGACAUAAUAGUCUGAGACAUCUGCAACAGACAACACAAUUUCAGAAUAAUUUACACUCACAUCAACAUCAACAACAACAUCAACAACAACAUCAUCAUCAU